UUCCCUGACCUCAUCCAUGCACCUGCUGAUGACGGACUCCUAAAACCUUUCUUUUACACCGUUGAACCAACCAGAACCACACAGCCAUGAACCCCCAGGAGACAGAGCUCGGCCAGGAAGUGAUGGAGGAGGCCGAUGCUCCUCCUCGCCAUCGCCACAACAACCACAACAGCCGGCCCCGUAACCACAGCAACCAGGAAAAGCGCUACAGGCGCUGUGAAGGCCCAGCUGGAGGAAGCGCUGGCGGUAGAUCCAGGGCACCACAGCAACGCAGGCCUCAGGAGGAACAAGACAUGGAGCUGCAACAUGGAGCUCAGUCCCCACAGCCCCAGCUGCCCCAGCCUAUUCCCAGACCUGCAGUGACACGUUAUCGCAGACAGGGGGACAGCGAGGCCCGGAUCAGAGCCCAGCAGCAGAGGCACAGACAGAGGCAACAGCGAGAGGCGGAGAGAGCACAACAUUUAGCACAACAACAGGAGAAGCAGCACCACGCAGAGAUGACCCAGGAAGAUGAACGAGAAAGGGAUGAUUCAGUGCUGGCCCGCUCAGCGAGCACUGAGAGUGGCUUCCACACCCAUACUGACCGGGCUGAGGGGGACGAUGGCCUGGUGAUGAUGUCUCUGGAGCCUGAGGGGCAGCCGGAGGCAGAGGACGAGGCGGGGAACUAUGGGGUCCAGCUACGGCCGGAGGCGGAGGGGUAUACUGAGAGCGCUGAGGCUGAACAGCAACAUCUCCAUCCACAUCCUAACUAUCCCCCUCAGCCCCCACCCCUACCACGUGAUCCCCUGCCCGAUAUUCAAAACCCCCAGAGACAGGAUGAAGCAGAGGAGAUGCUGAACGCUGGCUACUCCAACUACGUCUACACCCAGCCCCUCAGUCACUCCGGAGGAAGGGCCAACGUCUCAGCCGGUGAGAGCUUGGAGAGUUUAGAUGCUGGGCUUGUGGACGAAGCCUACUCUGAGCCAUAUGACAUUUACUCACUCUCUGAGCAUGUUUACGAAGAAAUCUGCGAUGCUCCGACGUCGGUUCCAUCUGCUGCCGACGGAGCUGAGGACACAGAGUCUCUCCAACAGAGGAGGGCCGGCUUUCAGCUGUUGGAGGGCCGGGUGGGAGGUGGAGACUACCAUCAGCAGGAGGCAGUGGGCUCCCGCCUGCGCCACUACGACGAACGCUCUGAUGGCGAGUCGGACAGCCCAGAGAAGGAAGCAGAGUUUGCCCCGUACCCACGCGCUGACAGCUGCGACCAGGAGGAGGACAUCGACAGCAUUGUGGCUGAGGUCAAAGAAAGCCUAAGUUCUCAGAGUCUAUACUGUGCUGCGGAAGACACCAUAGAUGAAGAAAAUGAGCUACUGCAAGGAGAAGAAAAACCUGAUUUCCCAAUUGACUCUGACCAAAACCACAAAGCUGCCAACCGAGGGAAGCCAGUCAGAAAACAGGCUACGAGUCCUUCAGAGGAGCCUGUAGCAGUGAGGAACAGUCAGGAGAAGAGGGAUGCCAUAUCCCUGGCCAUAAAGGACAUUAAAGAGGCCAUAGAGGAGGUGAAGAACAGAACAGUGAGAUCUCCUUACACACCCGACGAGCCUAAGGAGCCCAUUUGGGUAAUGAGGCAGGACCUGAGCCCCACUGCAGAGUGUGACCUACAACCACCACUAGGGGGCGAUUCCCCUGGUUCAGGCUCUCCGUCUCCUCCAGGAGCAGAGUCAUCCAGCAGACAUCUGCUGCAGGAUGACAGCUUUGAAUCUUCUCCCUCUAGCAAAGAGUCCAGGAAAAGCCUUGCGUCCUUCCCCACGUAUGUAGAAGUCCCAGGCCCAUGUGACCCAGAGGACCUGAUCGAUGGGAUCAUCUUCGCUGCCAACUACCUGGGCUCCACCCAGCUGCUGUCGGACAAGACGCCGUCCAAGAACAUCCGCAUGAUGCAGGCGCAGGAGGCCGUCAGCCGCAUCAAGACGGCCCAGAAAUUAGCCCAGAACAGGAAGAAGGCCUCUGAGGGCGAGCCUCAGCCCAUGACAGAGGUGGAUCUCUUCAUCUCCACCCAGAGAAUCAAAGUGCUCAACGCUGACUCCCAGGAGACCAUGAUGGAUCACCCUUUGCGGACCAUCUCGUACAUUGCUGACAUUGGCAACAUUGUGGUUCUGAUGGCCCGGCGUAGGAUGCCUCGGCCUGACUCUCAGGAGAAUGUGGAGGCUUCAGACCCAGGACAAGACAGCAAGCGCCAGUACAAGAUGAUAUGCCACGUGUUUGAGUCUGAGGAUGCCCAGUUGAUUGCCCAGUCCAUCGGGCAGGCCUUCAGUGUGGCUUACCAGGAAUUUUUACGGGCCAAUGGCAUAAACCCUGAGGACCUGAGCCAGAAGGAGUACAGUGACCUGCUCAACACUCAGGACAUGUACAAUGAUGACCUCAUUCACUUCUCCAAGUCUGAAAACUGCAAAGAUGUGUUCAUAGAGAAAGCUAAGGGGGAGAUUCUGGGUGUGGUUAUUGUGGAGAGUGGAUGGGGCUCCAUCUUGCCCACUGUCAUCAUUGCCAACAUGAUGCAUGCUGGGCCAGCUGAGAGGUCUGGCAGACUGAACAUAGGAGACCAGAUCAUGUCCAUCAAUGGGACCAGUCUAGUGGGUCUGCCACUGUCCACCUGCCAGAGCAUCAUUAAGGGUCUGAAGAACCAGUCACGGAUCAAGAUGAACAUUGUCAGAUGUCCCCCAGUGACCACUGUCCUUAUCAGACGGCCAGACCUCCGCUACCAGCUGGGCUUCAGCGUCCAGAAUGGCAUUAUCUGUAGCCUUAUGCGUGGGGGCAUCGCUGAACGAGGUGGGGUCAGAGUGGGUCACCGCAUUAUCGAGAUCAACAGCCAGAGCGUGGUGGCCACGCCCCAUGAAAAAAUUGUCCACAUUUUAUCCAACGCUGUGGGAGAGAUCCACAUGAAGACGAUGCCUGCAGCCAUGUACCGCCUGCUGACCGCCCAGGAGCAGCCUGUUUACAUUUAACAAGACAAAGCCCUGACCUCACACGCCCUUUAAAUCUCCCGCAGUCACCGUCACUCCCCUAGCCGACCCCCUCUGCUCAGCCCAGUGCUCAUCCUGUACCCUCCUGCCCACAGCUGAUGGACCAUAGUGAGUUGUCAGUAGGACUGUUCCGUUGCUCAGCCUCGUCUUCAAGUGACAAUAACAUAGAAACCCAAAUGAUCCCAUCUGCAUUCACUAAAAGAUUUGUUUAUGUACUUUGGCUGAAGGUGCAAUUAGUGAUGUGUACACCUGAUGCAUUUUCAGCAGUCCAGAAUCCUAAAAUCUUAUUCCUGGUUCACUUAUUUCACAUUUUCAAUCUCGGGAGCACUAUGAAAAUUGUCUAUCUUUAAUGUUCAGUUUAGGCAACUAAGACAGUUUGGUGACAAAUUUGGUCAUUGUUAAAUAAGAAAGAUGAAAACUCUUUACACAGUAGAACCCUUAUGUUAGGAAGAUGGGAACUGAACCCUGAUUGUGGACUUGAAGGCAAUCCGCACAUGCAACCCUGACUGUGCUUUCUGCCAUGCUGCUAUUUCAAUGGCAGAACACUGCCUGUGUUAGUUGUUUAUCCUCCACCAAAUCAUUUAUGUGAAAAAAUCUUUUUUGUUGUUGUUCUAUGGGCAUUUUAUACACUCAUGUUGUAGCCACAUUUCAUGGGACCAAACUUGCUUUCGCUCUCAGCUCUUCUUCCUGCCACUAAUCCACUCAAUAUACUCUAUGUUGGUGUUCUUCGCACAGCCCAGAGCUCUCCACAGAGGGCGUAUGUGAAUCUCGCUGACAAAUGAGUGUGUGCGCACAUGCCCCCCCCCCCUCGUCACAUUCCACACGUUCGCUGCAUUGUCGAAGAGUCGACACUGCAGCUCCAUUUUUGCACUUCCAACAUUUCCGACAGGAAAGCUUUUCAACUCUGCUGUAGUCGGUUCUUACAGUAGUUGUUGGCUGUACAUAGCACCAGUAGUAGCUCCAGUCAGCAUGUAAUAACCCCAUUAAACUAAUACCCCUCUUACACCACACACCACAGUCCAACCAGUGUGUCCAAACAUAAAGCUGACUCACAUAAGACUCUGUUACGCCAAACCUGAUGACCUACAAUGUCCCUGUAUCAAGGUGUUUGCACAAGAUGCAGGAAUGACUCGCACAGGGCCUAUCGUUGUCUAAAUUACCUCAGGCUGAUAAAUAUUUGAAUUUCAGUUCCUUUCUUCCCCUUAAAUUGAAAAAGGGACGUAAAACAACACACAAACACUUCCAGGAUACCGAGGCUUAAUUAUUUGGCUUCUAUAGAAAACUGUUUAUUGCUGGUUGGAUGAUGUAAAUAAUGUGGAGUGAGCUUGGUACAACAUGGUACCCUGUGGAUGUACAAAGCACCAUACUGCACAGUGUACAAUGCAUAGUUGGUUUCCUCAACACAGGGUUUGGGGGGUUCUCCACUGCCUAAAGUGGGUUCAGUAAAUAAUGCUUGUAGCAAAUACAGUAAACAUACAAACUACUUAAAGGAAUGGCGUGUAUGGCAUGAACAAACUUAAAGGCCAGUCCCUAAAAUAAAUAUCCACAGCACUAAUUCCAUCAGUACAAUAGUCAGGUCAUACUGACCACUCUGCUUCUCUUAAAAAUACUGCUCUUCUUUAUUAAAUAAUUUCAGUUAAGAUACUGUCAAUGAAAUGUAGCAUUGCAUAUAUUUUACAUUAAAAGUCUACUUGGGAAAGGAGGGAUUAUGCCCUUUGAGCCACUGCAAGGCUUUUAAUGUUAAACAUUAAUUUAGGAUUUGUUCGUUGACGGUAGCUUAAAGUUUUUCUUCUCGUUCCUGCAGUUGGAUGUUUGAUCUUCACUGUGCAGAAUGAUGUCUGUGCAGAGUUUGACACUAGAAGGAUGUUUUCACAUU